AUGGCGCUUAGAACGAGUGGACAACAACAAGACUUGCCGGGAGAAGAGACAGACCAAGGUGUUGAAGCUGUAAACAGUAUUCAAAAUGUUCAUCUCGCCGACCACGAAAGUAAAAAAGAAGAAUAUACAUUGAAUAUAGAAAGCAAACAAGUGAGUACCAAGAUUCAAACUUUACGAUGUAGUAAGAAAUCGGCUAAAACCAGGCUGACAAAAGCUAAGAAACAAUUGAACGACCUAAUUGAAAAACAACUUCCUGGUGUACCAUUGCCGACUAAAAAUGCCAUAAGAAGAGCUAUUAAUAAAGUUAAUUCCGAGAUCAGUAUUAUUGAAAAAAUUAUUUCUGGCUUAAAAGAGAUUUAUGCUGUGAGUGCUGAAAAUGAGGAGACCAACACAGUUAUCGAGACUUUAGACAAAGAAUUUGAAGACAUCGGGUCUUCAGUCGAUUCAAUAAUUGUAAUGGCUGAACAACAUCUCGAGGAAAGACUUGGCAAUGGAGAAACUGCCUCAGUGUUAACUUCACUUCGAUCACAAGAAACUAGUCCCCAGUCUCCAGUUAUGUCGAAAAAAUCCUCAAAUGUGAAACAGAAACAAAAAGAGGCAAAGGAGGCUAGUGAAAGGCUAAUCCAAAUGGAAAACGAACAUCGAGUAAAGGAGCUAGAGAUCCAAAAGCUGACCGCUGAGCUUCAGCUGACAAAACAGCGAACCGAUGAUGCAAGGAAAGUUGCUGCUCUCAACAAAUCCCGGGCUGAAGAAGCCGAACGAAGAUCGCAAGUAUCGGAUAAUGAUACAGUACAGAACUUCCUUAUUAACCGUCACAUAGAAAAACAUUCAGAGCUACCCAAUGAAAACAAAGAACAGAGACAGACAUUUUCUCCCAUUAGACUUAAAGGAGUGGAUCUCCCUAUCUUCUCUGGCCAAUGA